GCCAUCUUCCUGCCUCAGCCCCUUGCAUGCUGGGAUCACAGGUGUGCACCACCAUGCCCAGUUUAUUAAGCCAAAUGUUAAGAGAUUUCGAAAAAGUGUAAAAUAAUGCCACUAUUUCAUUAAAUGUAAUGGUCUUUCAUUAAUGUUAUUAACAUAUAAUGGCUUAAUUAAUGCUAUUUUUAAAUGAACUGAUUAUUUUUUAAAAAAUCCUAUUUCAAUUUCUAAUCUCACCGGACCAGCAGGAGUGGGGUUUGUUAGGAAUACAGAUUCCCGUCCUUCACCGGGUGCAAACCUCUGAAGCUCUGGAGGUUCGGCCGGCAGGUGGCCGUUGCGCAUGUGCACGUCUGAGGGCACGGUCGUUCCAUGUCACCUCCCCCACCUCUCCAAGGCGAGCGGAAGCACAUGCCGAGUCACCCGGUAUGUCUGAGUGUUCUGUCGUUGGGUUUUUUGUUUGUAUUUUUGUGACCCUGGGGCUUGAACUCAGGGCCUUCAUCCUGAGCUACAUCUGGGCUUUUUUUGUUUUUUAUGCUGAGACAGGGUCUUUAGUGGCCCCAUGUCUAAUUAGCCACUGCUGAAGGCCCGGGGACCAGGGGUUCGGAUGGAUCGAGGGUGCCGGGGGGCACAACUCAGUGUGUAACAGCACCUCCCUGUGCCCAUCCAUCUUUUCUUUCACCAUCCAGGGAGGAGCAACCAGGGAAGCGGCCUGGGCCGGAGAGGCUGCGGCACUGACCAGGGGUGGCGAACCUCUUAGAGUUUUCCGUGCUGCAAACCUCCUGCUGUAGCACGCAUGCUAUUGGUUGGCCACCACUGCCCGGGCACUCCUGCUCGGAGCCCUCCACCGCCCGCACAGAUCGCUGUAAACUCUACCUUUCCACGGCUGGGUUCCAGUAGUAACCGAGAUCAGCUGUGGCCUUCCUGUGUGCACCACUGCCUUGCAAGAGGCCUCCCGAGGGUCACCACAUGGCCACAAGCUCGUGCCCCACAUGGCCACACAGCUGGAUGCCACCUGCCGUGCAUGGGUCAUUGGCCCAGGUGCUACCAUUGCCACUUCCUGGACUGCGACGGGUCAUCUCAGGAACGUUCACAGCCGUCCUCAGGCCCAACAGGCCCAGGUGGCCGUCUCCCUUUGGUGACAGCUGCAGGUUUCUGCAGUUCGUCUAUCCUCCAUGCUCCUUCUCCAGUAUUCCAAUCAUUGGUUCUUUGGAGCCAGUUCCUCCACCUGGCCUACACACUCGCUCUGGGUGGAGACGCCGUCCUUGUGCCGCAGCUGGCGGCCUCAGUGCUCCUGAACAGGACCGAGCUCAUGCCCCGCCUCAUGAGUCUCUGUCCGUGCAUUGUUCUUGGCCGAGGUGAUACUGCCGUUAUCAUCACCUGGCAUUCAGCAGCCUCUGUUCCUCAGCCCCGACCUUCAUCAAAUCCCGAGCAGGGCAGUUGGUGUCGGAGUGAGAUGUGGGGCUUUGCCUUUGUCUGUGAGCCCCAGUGCAGGGGUGCGGCAGGUGUCAGCCAGAGGGAGAACCUGGACACAGCCAGGACGUUUGCUCCCCGUGAAUGAAGGGUGGCUGGAAGUAGUGUCCCGGUAAACACCGCAUGUGUGGAGCAGGCAGCUGGGCUCUUACAAGAUUGCAACUGAAAAGAAAGGGUACCAGGGGCCGGAUGGGGCAGGGCAUUUCCUUUGAUGCCCAAGGGAGCAACUGCUUUAAAAAUUAAGGCUCGUGCCUAGCAUUCCAGUUACCAGAGGAAGAGAUUUCCCAGUUACCAGAAGAAGCCGUGAAAAGGGCCAGGCUCCAGGCCACCCUGUCACCCCAGUGUGGGAGCCCCAUGCAAGCGGUGGCAGCAUUUAUCCCAGUGCCGGAGACCUUCCAGUGCCAGUUCCUUGACAAAGUCGGGACUGGCAGCGGGUAUCUGCAAAGCAGGGACCGCAUGAGACGGGUGUGCGGCCUCUCCCUCUACUCUCUGUUAAUCAUAGCUUUCCAGAUAUCCAUUAUGCUAUUGAUAAAGGAUGGUUGGGAACCUGAAGGAUCAGAACUGAAAGUAGUUAAGGAAUCAGACUCCAGGAUGGAAGGCACCCCUCCAGGGUUGAAAGGGGAAGUAGAAGCCACCACAGAGAUUUGCGUCAGUCCCCUACCUCCUGUGUGGCAAUGUUCGCCCACCAGAACGCGAGGGGAGCGUUGCGUGGGCCUCAGCGCGUGGGAAAACAUUUGGUGAACGCCCUGUGUUGGACUGGCUCUAGAUGGAGAUAUUGCAAAUGUGGGUUGUGUUGUCCAGUAGAGAAGUGAACAAUUCUGUGAAGAAUUACACCUAAUCAAGAACACCUAGUGACUGAUCUUUUUGCUUCCUUUUAUGUGCUUUAAAAAAAGUUGAUUCCCUGCUAGGGUUGCAGCUGGAUGGUUGGUCAACCAUGUCUGAAUCUGUAACUAAAAU